AUGGCUUUGAAAAUUGAUAUUCAUAAUCAUAUUUUACCGGAAAGAUGGCCAGAUCUAAAGGAGGUAAGAGCAAAGUAAGAUGAACUACUGACCCCGAUGUUGGCUUCAUGCAUACCUUGUUUACCGUGUCCGUACCAAAAGAUCAUUUUAAACGGUCAAUGGCCGUAUUUAUACUAGAAGACGUCUUAGACGUUAAGACGCAUUAAACGUCUGACUGUUAAGCGUGUCGUUAAGUGCGUCCCGUUUUUAUACUAGACGACCUAAACUUCUGAGACGACUAAUUCAUCUGUUAAGUGCAUCGAUCGGACGCACUUAAGGCCCGUUUCAAACGUCGUGCUACUGCCGUGCCGAACUCAAUUGCUCGAAUUAAAUUCGACUUAAGCACGGCAGUAGCGCGACGUUUGAAACCAAGUCGUGCUACUGCCGUGUAGCACGGCAAGGCUUGCCGUGUUACACGGCAGUAGCUCGACUUGGUUUCAAAUGUCGUGCUACCGCCGUGCCUAACUCAAUUCAUAAAUUAUAAAUACAUUAGAAUACACUUAAAAGUUUGCUAAACCGUUUCUAUAUUUUUUUGUUUUGUUUUCGGCAGCAGCCGUUUUAUUCGUCUGAAACCAAGUCGUGCUAGUGUCGUGCUGCAGCAGGGGCGGAUCCAGGGGGAGGGUGCAGGGGGUGCACACCCCCCUGGGAUGACCUGCGGCCACUUUCUAAUUAACACUGUGCAGUCGCUUGACAGACAUACAAAAUCUGCUGUAUCGUUUGAUAUGUAUUCUCAGCAGUUCACAUUACGUUAUUUCCUAGUCAAAAGCCAUCUUUUUCGUAUUCGCUUUUAAAAUUUUUUACAUCAUCGGUCAGUUAGUGGUGCACCCCCUCCUAAGAAAAAUCCUGGAUCCGCCCCUGUGCAGUCGAGCCAGCUUGGCACGGCAGUAGCACAACGUGUGAAACAGGCCUAACUUCAGAUGUUUUAUUCGUCAGACGUUUAAUGCGUUUGCCUUAUUUCCCGUAUUAAUACUACACGUCUAAGUCGUCUAAGACAUCUUAGACGUACUCUAGUAUAAAUACGGCUAAUUAACAUCUAGUUUCUUACAUCGUAAGGUAAUUGCCAACGAGCAAGCCAAGCAAGGACGGUCGGCUUGCGAGGCGGCCAGCUUAAUGCCACGCAAAGUUUUGCAGGCGGCAGAAAAAUUCUCGAUCGUGGGGGUGAAAAGUGUAAUGUAAGUGUAAUGUAAGGUGUAGAUUCCCUGGAGAUUUUAGUGGCGUUAUAUUUCACAUGUAGUUUCACGUGACUUUUGAUGACCUGGAAAUUCUUGCCUCAGCAGCUGAAAUGGUUUUAUAAACAUUGGAACUAAAAGCAGUUAUGUAGGCAAAUUCCUUUUCUUUCGUUGGCACUUAAUAGCAAAAGCUAUGUACAACUAGUUUUGUAAAUAGUCCUUUCUCUGUAAUUGCUCCUGCUGAUUUUCUCUUCUGCUAGGUGUUCAGCACCUAGCUGAACACCUAGCUCAUUUCAUUGAAAGCAUGCGGAAUAUGAUCAUCCGGGAGAGACGGAUUACAUGUUGGAGUCCUCAUAGUCGUAAUGCAUCAGUCAAUUCCACCUGCGCCCACGCCCCCAACUAGAAUCAUUCUUGUUUAGUUAUAUUUGGAUAGAAAACCACAUGCAUGUCAAAAGCUUGGGGGCUGCUGCAGGGUUGGCAAAUGCCCGAACCCCCGGGCCACACAAAAUUUGCUAAUGCCCUACCCCUGGGACUCUCAAGACGAGCAAAUACCCCUCAGUGGUGCAGUAGCCCUGAUAAGGGAGGGGUGAUGGGCAUACAUGUGACUAGAAUUGAUUGAUGCAUAACUGACAGACAGCCAAUAAAAUCGCAACUUAAUAGACCAACCAGAGUUCAAUGCCAUCAAUUGGCACAAAACAACUCACUUUGACUCUGAAGAUGACUACUCCACUGCUUGUCGAAAUGUUAGUCACUGUCGACAACAGUGCUCUUCAGGAAUACACUCACCUUGAUGAUCAUUUUUAUUAUUCCACCUUAUUAUUUACAAUGCUAUUUGCUUGUUUGUUGGUUGACACACUUAGUGCCCACAGCCACAAAAUACUUGAUGUACUCACACUUAUUAAUUUUCCCUGUAAAGCACAGAGAGAAUUCCUGUCAAUUUUGAGGGUUUUUUAAUACAUCCAGUCUAUUCAGCAGUAUGUCCUUCUUACCAGUGUUUUGUAGUGAUGUUCAUCACGACAGAGCAAGAGAAAAAUUUGCUUAUCCACUUGUCCUUCGGACAAGCACUACAUUAAAUGUAGGUGUCCGAAACCCAAGUGUUCUCGUCCAAACAGUUUUGCUUGAAACUGGAAACUUAAAAAACAAUUGGGCAUUUAAUGUUUUUAAUCAACCACAUUUUCAGCUUUGUAAAUUGUUUUUGACUUAAAGCUUAAUAUAAUAUCAGGCACAAUUUCAAUUUUGAGCCUGGGAAUUAGCUAUGUCAUAACAGGCCUGGUUACUAUGGCCAGGUUCCUAUGGAGCUCAUAAAAGCAAAUGAAAUGGCCGCAGAAUGGCGAAGUUAUAAGGAAUACUUAACCUUAUUUUGUCAAGUAUGAGGCUUGCUUUUAUGAGUAUAAGAUGUAUUUUAGUUCUACUGUAAUUUGAUGUUUCUGUAUUUUUUCUGAUUAAAAAUGUACAAAGUUUGUCCUACAGACAAGUCAUGUCAAAGGUUUACAUGUCUGAAGUAAAUUUCUACCUGUCGCGGACAAUCAGACAUAGAUUUUGGCUCACCCUGUCACAAGAUAAUGGAAAUGAUAGCAGAGCCAGAAAAUUGUGCUUGACAGUUUCAGUUUACAUGUAAAUAAUAAUAGUGACAAGUGCCUUCAUGUGCAUAUAAUGCUAAAAGGAGUUUUUUUAUUUGCAGCGAUAUGGUUAUGGAGGUUGGAUACAACUUCAUCAUCACUGUAAAGUAAGCAUUUAAACUUAAAAGUUUAAAAUAAUGGCUUGGUGCACGCUACUGGUGUACACAAGUGUAGCACAGUGCCUAUGCAUGAUUCACGUUCAAGAAAAGGCAAGGUUUUUGUGCCAGAGCGCGGGAAAAAAUAAACAUACAAAGGCAUGCAGUGUAGGCACUGUUAAGGCAUGUUUUAAAUAUUGUUAAGGCACAUUUUAGAUACAGUUUGAGCAUAUUUUAGGCACUGUCAAAGGACUGUUGGGCAAAGAGCAUAAAUCUAGCCACAAUUACUAGGAGGAAAUGACUCAGACAUUUGCUGUUUUUAAACCAUUUGCCUCAUAAGUGGGUUUUUUGUAGAUAUUUUUACAAUCUGGUUAUCUUUCUUUGUAUUUUAGGGCAAAGCUAAGAUGAUGAAAGAUGGGAAGCUUUUUCGUGAAAUAGAUGAGAACUGCUGGUCUCCGGAAGCACGAAUCAAAGACAUGGAUGCGACAGGUCUGUGUAUGUUAUGGUAGAAUGUUAUUCCUACAGGUUUAACUUUUACUUCCCUUUGUUUUAUACUCAAAUAUGUGAGUACAAUUCAUAGAAACCAGGGAUAACAUUAAUUUUGAGCCAUAAUGUGUGUUUUAUAAUGUGAGUGUGGUAACAUUAUUUUUCAUUGAUGUUGCGAAAAGCUGGCUUUUAGCUACACUGUAAUUUCACUGGCUGAAAAAGAGCUUAGCACCAGCUUGCAAAACAACGACAUUUAGUAACUCUAAAGGUACUGUUGAGUUAAAAAGCUGGCUUAACUAAUAAAAAAGCUUGCUCAGCUUUUUCUUAGGUUCAACCGUGAAUGUUAUUACAAUGCAUCUGUUAAAAUGCUAUGGUGUGAUUGUGCGCAAUUAAUUGUUUUCUAACACAUGCAUAAACAUUUAGUGGUGACAGUAAUGCUCAAAGACAGGUUAAGGGACCUUGUGUGCAAGUAAGUUAGCACCAUUUCCAUGUGUUUGUGCAUUAUUUUAUCAUUGGUCAUUAGGCAAUUUGACCAUAAUCCAGUCUCACCUUUCAAAAUUGUAUCUAGUGACAGCUUGCAAAGUGGAGCACACGUAUAAUUAUGUACAUGCAACACAUGUACACGGAGAAGAGUCCCCAACACUUCACAAUUCGCCAUUACCCAGGCACUUUGUGUUUGAUUGUACCUCAGCAUUAAUGUGACUGCAGCCUUAUUUAGAUUGAUUACUGACUAGGGAGUUUAAAAUCUUUCCACUUUCAGGUGUUACUGUUCAAGUGGUCUCUACUGUUCCAGUGAUGUUUAGCUACUGGGUAUGCAUGUGGAAAGAGCUUUGUUUUGAAAUUUGCCAUGCAAUACAUGUAGAUCUAUAGAUAGAUGGAAUAACAGACACGAUUCCUACGAGGAAUCGAUUGAUCUAUAUCAAAAGCUUCAUCUUUUUACGGCAACAGAGUUAAAUUUGAGAUAGGGAGUAUAAAUUAUAGAUAUUGCUCGUGGUUUGUGGAUAAAAACGAACUUAAAACUGAGAAUUAACAUAGCCAGCGAAUUCGGCAUGUUAGCGAACUCAAACAGAUAGCUUUUCUAUGUUUAUACUUGUCAAAGGUUGCCCAUCACGUUACCCGUCUUCCAUAUCCGCUUCGACAGAAAAAUAAUUCCAAGGGAUGCCAUAAUACGGAUGACCAAGCUGUUCAAAUGGCCUGUUGUCUUUAACGAACGGGUGAUGAAGUCGUCCGAACAUUAAUUUUGAAUGCAUUCUUGGCUAUACUAGUCUUAACCUAUGGAGGAUCAAAUUAUGCUUUGCAUUUCUUGUACAUUCAUGUUUUGAUUGAAAUAAUUAGACAUUGUUAAUGUCCCUCUGAUGUAAUAUAUGGUGCAAGAUUGAUAAGGGCCUUAAAAAAAUACCUUUACUCUGUAAGUACAGUAUUCCAAUCUUGAGCCUGGUUCUCAUAUGCCACCGAUGCAUCUGCAACAUAGCUGCAGGUACUUCCUGGGAUACUGCUCCAAUAUGAGAACAGAAGUGGCCAGCAACAUUGGUCAUCCUAGCCUUUACUGCCGGCAUGCCUGCUUAGUUGACUCCAGUUCAACUUCGCAAGCAUUCCAGCGGUAAAAUACUGCUAUGGCUCCAGUUGCCAGUGGCGCAUGUUUUCAUUCGUGCUAGAAGUAACCCACGGCCAGGUGGUACUGGAGGCAUAUAUACGUCAGCGUCAUAUGAGAACCAGGCUUUACAGUGUCUUAGUUUUUAGGGCUCUCACCAAUGUUGAUAUUCAAGGCUGUAAAAGUCUCAUAAAUGCGUCAUUUUGUUUCAUGUUAUCAAGGCUAAGCCUGAAGAUACACUGGAUUUGUGCCGCAUACUGAAUGAUGAUCUUGCUAAAAUUGUGAAGAAGUAUCCUAAGAGAUUUGUUGGACUUGGAACACUUCCGAUGCAGGUUUGAUUUGGAAUUUAGUUACCAUUUGCCAUGCGUUAUGUAAAUCAUUACAGUCAUUCAUUGAUUGACACCCACUCUGUAAAAGUGCUCCUCACUUCCUUAAGUUGUUAAUUUGUGUGCGCACGUGCAUGUAAGAAUCUGGUUUAAAAAGAUCAAGAAGCUUGUUAUGUUGUUCCAAAUGCCCAAAGAAACAGGAUGUGAUUUUUUUCUGUUUGUUUCAUUAUUAUUAUUAUUUAAAUUAUUAUUUUUAGUUUUAAUAAAGUAAUCCCAUUAGCUUACUUUUAAAUAUAUAUACUUAAAACUUGUUUGAAGUCUGGACAACUUACAUCAUGCUGUAUAAUAAUAAUAAUAUUAUAAUAAUAACAAACUAACAAAAUAAAAAUAUAUAAUUAUUAUAUAUUAAUUUUUUAUUUUGUAAGCAGUCAGUAGUGGGAAAUAUAAUUAAUUUUAAUCUUGUUUUACAGGCACCAGAACUUGCAGUUCAAGAACUGACAAGAUGUGUAAAGGUGAUUGUUAUUUAGAACUUAUGAAGGCUGAGCCCUAAGGAAAAUUUAUUGGCAGCCCAGAAGCUAUGAUCAUUGUUGAAAUCCAGGCUGCCAGCACUGAGUUUGUGGGAAAUCUAGAGGCUGCUGGGUUACCCAGAUUGCUAGAGACUUUUCAUGUGUGGUUGGCAUGCAGCUUUAUCACUUGUUCGACCUUUAGCCAAAAAUGUGUUAACCUGGCCAACACUUAAGCAUCCUGCUGCAUGCAUUAGAAAAAAUCCUCUGGCAGUGCACCCAGGGUAGGUUGGACUAGUCCAGCCUAAACACAAUCAUUGUGAAUCGAGACUGUUCUGCCAGAUCGGUCUAUUCCAAAGUAAACUGUACAUUUGGGCAGGGCAGGGAUUGUUUUUUUUUUUUUUAAAAAACGUUGAAACAAACCGACUUGUGUUUCACUAUCAAUAUGACCACAAUUCAGCUGGCCAGUUUUGACAUUUGGUAAUUAAGUGCCUUAUAUAGCACAGUAAAGAAAUGCAAGUUAAAGUGGUUUGGGCAUGUGUCAAGAUCAUCAGGGCCUGCCAAGACAAUUUUACAAGGAACUUUGCAAGGAGGGAGAAAAAAGGGGCCGACCAAAGAAGCGUUGGGAGAAUAAUCUCUGAGUGGACAGGGUUGAAGUUUUGCAAUGCCGUAAGAGAAGCUGAAAACAAAAUCAAAUGGAGGGAGAGGUUUGCUAUGUCCGUGGCAUGUCAACAGUCAUUGACUUUGGGAUAGGUGCAGGUGCAGGUGCAGAUAGCAUAAUGCUUUGUCUCGACACCAGAAGUGAAAAUUUAGUUAAUUGCCAGGGGCAACUGGGUACUGCCAGAGUUGCAGCUUUACUGAAUGUACACUACAAUGUUUUCUCUAGCAUAGUUUUGAUUUUCGAAGUAUCAGAUUACUUUUGAUAAAUUUAUUUUUGAUAUUAAUAAUAUUAAUUGUUGCUUAUUAUUAAUAAUAAUUAUUAUUGAUAACAAUCAUUACAUUUAUGUUAUUAAUAUUGUUUUAAUUUCUCUAAUAAAAUUAUGACAGGAACUUGGUUUCCCAGGUGUUGAAAUUGGUAGCCAUAUUAACAACUGGAAUCUUGAUGCUCCAGAACUAGAUCCUGUGUUUGCUGUAAGUAAUUUUUAUUAUCAGUGCAUUCUGUCUCAUGAAAAUGUUAGUAAUGUCUGCAUUUAGUGUCAGAGCCGCCAUAUACCUUCAUAUACAUCUGCAUACAUGUAUGGUCUUAUUUCACUUGCUCAUGUGUACUGUGUAGCACCAGGGUGCAGAGAAAGUCAGUUUUACAGCCUGCCAUUCGGGCAAGCUGUAGCUAGCAUUUACUGGCCCACAAGUCAUUUCAAAUAGCCCCAAAUAAAACCCUUUUUGAUUAGCAGGAUUGAUUACAAUCCUUCUGUAAUAUGAUUUUCCCCAGAAAACAGCACACGACUUUCUUUGCACGCUGGUAGCUCAUGUAGGUCUAAACAAGGCCAAGGGAGAUGACAUGAGAGUCCAUGACAGCGUACCUUCAUUAUGUAGCAGGUUAAUUUUCCUUUAAUCUCAUCUACAUUGGCUCACACUUUCCUCAAAGAAAAGUGAGAAUAAUCUCGGUUUAAAAACUUUAACUUGAAAUCAAAUGUGACCUGUAACAUAACCUGCACUCAGCCCACCUAUUCUCCCCAACAUCCUGAGUAUGCUUCUACAUUGCAUUUUUCAUCCAAAAAUUGACCAAUUUAUUAUAUUAUAAACAAAAAUGUUGUCUAUUACAUGUAGGCUGCUGAGGAAUUAGGCUGUGCUAUCUUUGUUCAUCCGUGGGAUAUGGAGUUAGGAGGAAGAAUGUCCAAGUACUGGUUGCCUUGGCUUGUUGGUAAGUAAAUAUAUUGUACCAGAAGCUUAUAACCCUGAAGCAUAUAACUAUGUUGCAAUGCUGGAGGUUUUUAGGGGAACCAUUCAAAAUUUACUUCCUAAGGUACAUCUUGAAGUGGAUGGCUUGUUCAGUGGAAGAUUUUGUCUGAAUGAAACCCAAUUUUACGGAAUCUUCAACACAAGUUAAAAUUUUAAAGGAGUCAUUUCAUAUAUCCUUUCUAAUAGCCGUAAAACGAGUCACUGAUGGAGAGAAGGGGGGUAAAAUAAGCACACCGCCGGCAUCAGGUUUGUCAUUCUAAUGAGCACUAUUACCGACGUAAAGGGCCGUUACCUUGACCUUUGACCUCUCCAAAAAUGAUGUAUAUUAUGCAUGUUAGUAUCAGGGUUUCAGGGGUUGUUGGUUGUUGCUUUUGCAGGAAUGCCUGCUGAAACUGCACAGGCGAUCUGUUGCAUGAUCUUUGGUGGUGUUCUGGAACGAUAUCCAAGACUCAAAGUGUGUUUUGCUCAUGGAGGUAUACAUUAGUUUUAUCAAGCACAACAUGUUUUGCCUUAUCACAUGCUCAUACAUGUACAUAACAUUGUAACUCUUGUUACAGGCCUGUUUAGGCAAGGGAACCCAAAUAGGUGAGGUAACUUGUGGCGGGUCACCCCACCUAUCAUGUAAACAUGAUCAAAUUAAAAUGAGAGAUUACCCUUAGACAGGCGGGUUACCUCACCUAAGCGGGUUAUUUCACCCACCUGGGGUCCCCCACCUCCAUGUAAACAGGCCCUUAGUCUGCGUAGCCGGCGGAAUCAUUCACGCAACGUGCGGAGAAUGCGAAGGAGACACAUUUUUUUGCGGCUAAGCCGCGAGAAUGGCGGCUUCGCGCCGCCAAAACUUGCACGCACCCAAAAACAGUAGACUUUUUAGCUUGUUUGUUUUGUUUUCCUAUUUCAGACAACAUAAUGGAGCCCCAGAGAAUUUUUUCUUUCAAAUGUUGUUUUAUGCACGUGAAUCCACGUGCAUAUGUAUCCUUGGAGAACAUCACGUGGUCUGAAUUAGGAAAACAAAGCAUACAAGCUAAAAAGGUCUAUUCCGCCAGCUACGCAGGCAAAACUCUUGUAGGACACUUAAAGAAUAUCUUCUAUACAAAGUUACAAUGGAGGUCAAAAGUGUUGGGACCUUUCCAGUGAUAUUACUAAAACUAGCGAACCCUCCCCUCCCACAGCAAACAAAGUUGAAUUUGGAGCAAAAUGGAAAUGAGUGCUUUUUUCGGCCACAACAUUGCUAGGGGAAGGUGGGGGGGACGACGGGAUGAACCCAAAGCCGAGCAAAAAAUUGUCCUUAGGAGCAGAGUCCUAGGGAACUAUUGCUGGGAAGGGCUUUUUCACACAGUCCCAAGUUCUUUUGUCCUCCAUUGUGGCUUUUUUUCCCCUUCAAAUAUAUAUAUUUUUUUCUUUCUUUCUUUUUUUAAUGUUUUCUUGCAGGAGGAGCAUUUCCAUUCACUAUUGGUCGUAUUGAACAUGGCUUUAAUGUCAGACCUGAUCUCUGUGCUGUUGAGAAUCCAAUAAAUCCAAGGUCAGUUCACUUGUAAUACUCCUAUAUCGUAACUUUCCAUCCUUUGUUAAUCAAUGACUUAUGGCUGGACAUGAACACUCGCCAAGUGAUUGCAAGACAUGGGAAUAGUCAGAAAUAAUAUUCAUUCUUUGUUGUCUCCGUUCAUGUUUUAGUUAAUUUGUUGUCGUAGUGAAUAUAAAUCCUUUAUUGUAACUCGACCAAUACCUCCCUUUGGAGAGUAACGCGCAAAAAAGAUAUACUACACUAUAAUAUACUACACCACACUGAACUACACUAAUUCUGCUGGGGAACAUCGAGGCCCAAAAAAAAUAACUAUUUCAUAAUCGUCCAGCCUCGAAAAAGAGCCCACUUUCAAGGUCCAAAAUUUUAAUAAGGGGCGCUUAAUCGAGUAAAUACGGUAUGUCCUAAACUCCUUGUUUGUCUUGUUUCGACUUCUUUUCUGCCUUCACCAUUCUUUCGUCACUAUCCUUGACAUCUGCAAGGUGGAUACCUCUUUUAAGAAGGACACUUCUCUACCAUCCUUCAACCAUUUUCUCUGACUCUUCACGUGGUGGUUAUCCUCCAAAAAGGACACCUAGAGUUGGUCCCUUUUGUUCCUCAGUCACUGUCUAUAAGGUGGCUAUUUCUUUAAGCAGGACUCGUGGAGCUGUUCAGCCAUUUUUCAUGGCUCUCUGUUAUCGGUCGUUUCGUUACAAGUUUAUUCAGUCAAGUUGUAAAUACUUUAACCUAUUUGGCUUAAAGAACGAAGAAUAUUCACCCAAUCUGUAACGCGCAAACUAUGCUUAAAGUGUUCAAAAUUUUUUUGCAGUUUCACUGCUUGAGUUCGUAUCGAAACGACCGGUUACCCGCUCUUGAAGGUAGACACCCAUCUAAGAUGGUGACUGGUCAUUUCGCCCACGAGUCGUUUCGCUAACGUCUCUGUCGCAAACGUCUUUAGUCGUUUCGCUUAAGGAAGUAAACAAGCACUUCACAUGCAUAUACCUCGUUCUUUCAGCCAUUACACGAAAAAGUGUGGAACACAUGUACAGGUUGUUUCUUUAGCCACUGAUCUGGCGAGAGCAGUUAGGAAACUGACCUAACACGUUUGCGAAACGACUUAAGAGUUAAGACGUUGGCGAACAGGACGUUUUCGAAACGACUCAUCACGCCGAAUUUUUUAAGAGCCGAACCUAAUACAUUGAAUAAAGUACAUGAAAGUUCGGCGUCAUGAAUCAAUUAGGAACGCCUGUUUCAAUUUGGAACGGCUUAGCCGUUCUUUUCGCCUAUCCCGGCCGGGAAUUUCGCCUUUGGUCGCGACUUUGGAACGGCUUUGAUUCAGACGCAUAAAUUAUUAUAACGUAUUUUGCAAGCAGUUUGACCAAAAUGAGCACUUAGUUCAGCUGAAAUUAAGAUCGGCGUCUGAAUCAAAUCAGCUGGUUUAAAUAAUUUGGGUCGACCUUACAGUCAAACCAGGUCAAGCGUUCCCGUCGCUAACGAACUAAUGAAUUCAUUCACGGAAAAAUGAUUUCGUUUGUUGAUUCAAUAAUCCAUUCAUAAAAUGAACAAUCCAAUAGUCAUAUUUAGCCUCGAUUCAAUAAUCGAAUGUUGAUUCGAUUACUGUUUUUUGAAAAAUUACACUUUCCACAAGUUGACCUCAGAAUUUUGUUUUUUCCUCUUUUUGUUCUGAGAGUCGAGUGCUGGCGAGUUCUGAAGUUCAAACCAAACAAACUGUUACAUGUACGCCAGUUUGCUGCCAAUAAUCAGUGCAACAGACCUAGGCCUGACCUCUUAGAAAACACGACGGUCAAACUGAGGUCGGUGUAUGUGCGGUGAUUGGUGGAUUUCGAUCCUCGGCCUUUGUCAGUUUCUUUGCGUUUGCGGUUUGUCUAUUCUAGCUGUUAUUUUGAUUAAAGGCAAUGAAAAACGCAAUCGUAAACGGCAGGAAAAGGGAAGCAAACACGAUUGAACACAACAGACAAGAAUAAAGAACAGGUAGAUUUUGUUCAUAAACCAAAUCAACAUUUGAUUAUUGAAUCGAGGUACAAUUUGACCGUUGGAUUAUUCAUUUUAUGAAUGGAUUAUUGAAUCAACAAACGAAAUCAUUUUGCCAUUAAUGAAUUCAUUAGUUUGUUAGCGACGGGAACGCUUGACCUGGUUUGACUGUAAUUCGAGUUAGGUUCGGCUCAUGAAAAGUUCGGCGUCUGAGCCGGGCCUAAGACCGCCCCUUUUGUCGCAUCCAACAGUCUCUGUGCGAGUUUGCUGUGUACUGUAGCAGUGUUUAAUUGAUUUUGUUAGGUGUAUUCUUUAUAAUCUCACAAUACUUUCUAGACUACAAACAGAACCUUAAAAUAAUGAAUCAUUCGUUAUAAUAUUGAAUGUUUCAGAAAGUACAUUUGUCAAAUAUAUACAGAUAGUCUUGUCCAUGAUGAAAAAGCUCUUAAAUUACUGGUUGACACCAUUGGUCAGGUAAAGAGUUCAGUGACUUUUGGUUAUGAUCUAUUUAAUAAACUGUGAAAUUUAUGCAAGCAAAAAUUAACAAGACGUGUACUUAAAGGGGUUUAUGUCACGCUAUUUGCUAUCGUUUGUCUUUGCAUCAACUGAAUUCUAAAAGUGACGGUCCAGGUUUGUUAUUUCAGACUACAUAUAGGCAUGGAAACCGUUUCCUGUGGUCUGUUUCUACGAACGGCAAGGCUGUACGUGGAUUAAAACUUAGUUUUGAUGUUGCCUGCGUAGCAAGCCUUUCCGUAGCAAGCGUUUCGUUUCCACCCCGACAGUGAUUUAGUUCUUCUUUUGCGUAGGUUUUUACUAACAAGGUGAAGUUUUAGUAAGCCAUGAUGAGAUUGUGACUAGUUGUGUUGAUCAAGAAUGAGCUGACGUGUGCAAGUCUGAGUCACCAUUAAAGUUGUGUUUUCAACAAUCUUCGUUUGUGUGCAAAGCGCGCUUGUCCCCUGUACAGACAUAAAAUUGAAAAAAAUAAUAGUAAUAAACCUUCAAGCUCUCAAUUUUCUCAUUGCAGCAAGCGUGGGCUCAUUAUCCUGCAUGUGUAUUUUUAUUAUUUUUUUUUUUUUGUAGGAGAAUGUUAUUUUAGGCAGUGACUACCCGUUUCCUCUCGGAGAACAUCAUCCAGGAAAACUCAUCGAGGAUGUGUACAAAGACGACCUGGAACUUAGAGUAAGAAAACAAUCACAUUCAGUUUCACGGUUUUUUUUUUUUUUUUUUUUUGGCCAUUGGAGAUAUGUCCAGGAUCGAUCUUGUUAGCAAAAAUUUGCUAGCAAUUUUUCUUCGCAAUUGUCGCAAAAGAAAUGACUGAGAAAAAAUUAUGUCAGAAAAUCACUUACAAAUAUCGCAAAAAUCGCAAGAAUAACAAAUCUAACAAGAAUCAAGACUUGGAAACAAAAGAAGCCAAGAAGAACCCCGAAAUGUCCGCAAAAAUCGCAAAAGUAACAAGGAUAUUUUUUGCUCGCUGAAAACGCUCGGCUUCUUUUCUUUCUAAGUCUGGAAUUUUGUUACAUUUGUUAUAUUUGUUUGCGAUAUUUGUCAUGCGUGUUUUUAGCUAGCAUGAAAAAUCCUUGUUACUUUUGCGAUUUUUGCGAUAUUCGCGGACGUUUCGGGGCCCUUCCUGGCUUCUUCUCUUUCUAAGUCUUGAUUAUUGUUAGAUUUGUUAUUUUUGCUAUUUCUGCUACAUUUGUUACUCAAUCUUUUCACUUAGCAAGGAAAAUUCCCGUUACUUUUGCGAUUUUUGAGAAAUUUGCAGACUUCACGAAGCCCUUCUUGGACUUUUCUCUUUGUAAAAGUAGAAUUUUGAAAAAUUUGUUUUUCCUGCUAUUUUUGCCAUAUUUGUUACUCAAUCUUUUCACAUAGCAUAAAAGUUCUUCUUACUUUUGCGACAUUUGCUAUUUCUUCUAUACUUUUCUGAUAGCAGUUUUCUUUAUAUUUUUGCUAAAAUUGUGAAAACAAUUUGCUAGCCAACUUUUGCUAACAAGAUCGAUCCUGGACAUAAGUGUGGUAACGUGACGUCACACUUCUCCUCUCUAUAAACAUUGGUAUCGCUUGAUUACAAUGGAACCUCGAUGACGUUCGCUAAAACAAGGUUUGGUUAUAUCGAGGUUCUUUUCCAUACAUUAUACUGUAACUGUGGCAGAAAAUGGUUUCGUUAUAUCGAGGUUCCACUGUACGAAAGAGAAAUAAAAAUAGGCCUCACCCCUCUCCCCAGGUUUUGACUUUUGUCCCAAUUCCCCCCCCCCCCCCCCGCCAAUUCUCUUUUGAAGAGGUUUAGUCCUACCCUACUUUAGUAGAUUGUUCUACAUGUACUUGGCAAUUCAACAGUUGAUCAACAAAUAUUAGUGAAGAUCGAACAAAAUGGUUCUCAAUUAAUUCCCUGUUUUUUUGGAAAAUAGGUGGAGUAAUUGCUAGGGGGGUGUAUUUGCCCAUCAUCAAAUCUCCCGUUCAUCAUUCGAUUCACAGUCCCCUAAUUUUCCGUAAGAUCGUCGGGCGUUUACGGGCGGCAAUCUUGGAUAGGUAAAGCCCUACGCCCGCUCCCUCGGUUCAUGUUUACUAGUUAACCGUCCGUUCCGGUAAGCUAGCGCUCUAUCCUGUCGAUCUUACGAAGAAAUAGGGGACUGUGAAUAGUCUAACUUCAGAUAAAAACCUUUUAAUUCAAAAUCCAUCUCCUGUUGUAGGAUAAAUUGUUAGGCGGAAAUGCUCUAAGAUUUCUUGGAUUGAAAAGGUCGCAGUUUGACGAAGACCCUGCGGAUAAAGCGGAUUCAGUAGAAAGCUAAUAGUGCAGCGGACUGAAUAAUUAAAUGUUUUUCUGUUAGUUAUAGAAUGAAGUAACUUUUAAAAGUAAACAGACUAUUAUGUCUAUAAAUGCAUUUUGACGGAGGUUAUUUAUAAUGUCCUCUGUUUUUCGGCAUCUUGGUGUCUUCCUUUUUUAAAAGAGCCUUACCGAAGGAAACAAGUCUAAACUGUGUUAAUUAUUGAAACAAGUUCUUAUUUAUUCGUAACUAUUCUUGUACUUUAUUUUAAUGACUAUGAUAUACUUGUGAAUACGUUAUUUAAAGCGGUUAAGGAUGGCUUUACAGUAAAAGUACACUUAAAAAAUACGGAUUUAUAUUCAAGUGCAGAACGCAGUUGAUGUUAAGCGCAUUGUUACUCGAUUAGCCUUGUUUCAGUGAAGGUCAGUCUCGAUCCUCAAACGGAAGUCAUAAAGCAAUGAACUACAGUGGAACCCCGUUAAUGUGAUCACCGUUGGGCCAUAAAAUCCUAUAGUCGUGAAAAUGAGGUGGUCGCAUUAACGGGUGAUUUUCGAAAAAAAUAAAAAUUAAAAUAAGCCUGAUUUCUACGUUUGAAUCGAGAGAAUAUGGUCGUAAUAACGAGGUGGUCGUAUAAACGGGUGUGCGUAUGGCGGGGCUCCACUAUGUUGCUAUUAAAAUUAAUAAACAGGCGAGCUUGUACCCUAAAAUAAUUCAUGCC